CCCAGGGAGGACACCCCAACCCCCACUUCAUUUGCCCUGAAUAGGAAAGACUACCCUUAACACACUCCCGAGUGACGGGUACAGGGCCCAGGCUACCCAUGCCCAUUCCCCCCUGUCUCUGUUGAGGAGGAAAGGCCUGGCAACCCCAACUUCUUCCCUCCAGAGUCCCUCUCAUCGCCUCCUUGCAGUUCCCACCCCGCCGUAUUUAUUUCCCUGGCUUCUGGCCAGCCCUCCAUCUCUGUCUCUGGGUUUCAGGCCUCCCUUCUUGACAUGGAGAGUAACCUGUCUGGCCUGGUCCCUGCAGCUGGGCUGGUCCCUGCACUGCCGCCUACAGUGACCCUGGGGCUGACCGCUGCCUACACUGCCCUAUAUGCUCUGCUCUUCUUCUCUGUCUAUGCCCAGCUCUGGCUGGUGCUUCUCUAUGGGCACAAGCGCUUCAGCUAUCAGACAGUGUUCCUGGCACUCUGUCUGCUCUGGGCAGCCUUGCGUACCACACUCUUCUCCUUCUACUUCCGAGAUACUCCCAGGGCCAACCGCCUGGGGCCCUUGCCUUUCUGGCUUCUCUAUUGCUGCCCCGUCUGCCUGCAGUUCUUCACCCUGACGCUUAUGAACCUCUACUUUGCCCAGGUGGUGUUCAAGGCCAAGGCGAAGCGUCGGCCAGAGAUGAGCCGAGGCUUGCUGGCUGUCCGAGGGGCCUUCGUGGGUGCUUCACUGCUCUUUUUGCUGGUGAAUGUACUGUGUGCAGUGCUGUCCCGCCAGCGCCAGGCACAGCCCUGGGUCCUCCUGCUGGUACGCGUCCUGGUGAGCGACUCCCUCUUCGUCAUCUGUGCCCUCUCGCUUGCUGCCUGCCUCUGCCUCGUCGCCCGGCGAGCCCCCUCCACUAGCAUCUACUUAGAGGCCAAGGGGACCAGCGUAUGCCAGGCAGCUGCCAUAGGGGGUGCCAUGGUCCUGCUCUAUGCCAGUAGGGCCUGUUACAACCUGGCAGCUCUGGCCUUGGCCCCUCGGAGCCGGCUAGAUGCCUUCGAUUAUGACUGGUACAACGUAUCUGACCAGGCAGAUCUGGUGAAUGACCUAGGGAACAAAGGCUACCUGGUGUUUGGCCUCAUCCUCUUCGUGUGGGAAUUGCUGCCCACCACCUUGCUGGUGGGCUUCUUCCGGGUACACCGGCCCCUGCAAGAUCUGAGCGCCAGUCGAAUCCUCAAUGGGCAGGUUUUUGGCUCCCGUUCCUACUUCUUUGACCGGGCUGGGCACUGUGAGGAUGAGGGCUGCUCCUGGGAACACAGCCGGAGUGAGAGCACCAGCAUGUCCGGCAGCCUGGGCUCUGGCAGCUGGUAUGGUGCCAUCGGGCGUGAGCCAGGCUGGGGUGGGGCCAGCCAGACGAGGACCACUCCUCUGCUCUUCUCCCAGGUGCCAGGACCUGGCAGCCACCAUCACAGCCUCUAUUCCACGCCACAGACGUGAUCUCCUUUCACUCCCUUUAGAGCACCCAGGCCCCAGCUCCCCUUAUCCCCAGCCCCGGUGCCAAGUACAUCUGCUGCUUCUUGCCCAGGAUGCCAGGGGACUGUGGCUGCUUCUCCCCUCUGGCCGGCUCCUUGCUGCUCCUAUCGUAGUGAGCUUGUGCCAUCCCCCUAAGAUGGGGACAAGGCCCCCGGGAUACCAGAUGCCCACAGUGCCCUGGCAUGACCUCUGCUUCCACACUGGAGCCAGCUACCUCUCCUGUGCCUACCACUUAAUAAACAGAGUCUGUGCCCUGUCCCUUCA